AUGGCGACUGCCAGCGCUGGGCUGACGGUGGGCGGGAUGGGUGCCCGCUGCCACGCGCGGCUGCAGCAGGCGUGUCCCGGGGGGGCUGCCCCGCCCCCACCUGGCGCCCCGUGCAGCGUGGGCCUGAGGAGCUCGCCCUCUGCCUUCCAAUCCACGGUUCAGUUUACAAUUUCUCAGGCCACCAAGAUCGCUCUGACUGAGACCACCAGGUGGGGUGGUGGGAAGGCAGGCGGCUGCCCGGGCCAGCGAGGCCGGCACUGGGCAGAUCCCCUGAAGCAUGGCCGCUUCCAGGGCCGGCCACAUGUGGACUCCCGGGCCAGGCGGGAGCCUGCCCCCAAGUGCCACAGAGCUCAGUCCACCAGCACAUGGGAGGUCAGCCACGACUCGAGGGAGCUCCACCCCAGUGGUCAGACACAGCCGGUCAUCCAGGGCCCAGAGAGCCCUUCCAGACACUGCCAGGCCUUCAGGGACACAUGGGCCUCCCCAACCGCGGGCAUCGGGCACGUGAUCACCGGGCGCCCGCAGCCAAGCCCUCUGCCUGGCGUCUGCCCCACCGCACCGCUGAGCCUCGGCUUUCAACCAGACUGGGGGGGGGCGGGAAGUGUCCACGGGGCGUGGAAUCAAGGUCACGGGGUUUACAGGAAUGACACCAGCAGAGAGGGAGACCAUGAGGAAUGUGUGGCUUCAGUGGGCACUGGGCUUGGAGUGGGCACCGCCGCCACCGCCACCACCGUCACAGGCACUCCGCCGAGCCCCGCGCGUCUGCUCCCCCGAGUCCCUCCACCCACGCCUCCCCCGGCCCGGGAGGGGGCGACCGGAGGCCCGGGGAGUCCCACAGGGUUCGAGGAGGACAUCCUGAUUGUUUCGGAGGGGAAAAUGGCCCCCUUCACCCACGAUUUCAGAAAGGCUCAGCAGAGGAUGCCGGCGAUCCCGGUGAAUAUCCGCUCCAUGAACUUCACCUGGCAGGCGGCGGGGCCGGUGGAACACUUCUAUGAGUUCCUGUCCUUGCGCUCCCUGGAUAAAGGCGUCAUGGCAGACCCGACUGUCAACAUCCCUCUGCUGGGAACAGUGCCUCACAAGGCGUCAGUUGUUCAAGUUGGUUUCCCAUGUCUCGGAAAACAAGAUGGAGUGGCAGCCUUUGAAGUGAAUGUGAUCGUCAUGAACUCUGAAGGCAACGCCAUCCUCCAGACGCCCCAGAACGCCAUCUUCUUCAAAACAUGCCAGCAAGCUGAGUGCCCAGGAGGGUGUCGGAACGGAGGCUUUUGCAACGAAAGGCGCGUCUGUGAGUGUCCCGAUGGAUUCUACGGCCCCCACUGCGAGAAAGCCCUCUGCACGCCACACUGCAUGAACGGCGGACUUUGUGUGACCCCUGGCUUCUGCAUCUGCCCACCUGGAUUCUACGGAGUCAAUUGCGAUAAAGCAAACUGCUCCACCACCUGCUUUAAUGGAGGGACCUGUUUCUACCCUGGAAAAUGCAUUUGCCCACCUGGACUGGAGGGAGAGCAGUGCGAAAUAAGCAAAUGCCCACAGCCCUGCCGCAACGGAGGGAGAUGCAUUGGUAAACGCAAGUGCAAGUGCCCCAAAGGUUACCAGGGAGACCUCUGUUCGAAGCCUGUCUGUGAGCCUGGCUGCGGUGCACAGGGGACCUGCCACGAACCCAACAGAUGCCAGUGUCAGGAAGGCUGGCACGGAAGACACUGCAAUAAAAGGUACAGAGCCAGCCUCACACACGCCCCGAGGCCAGCAGGCACCCGGCCCCAGCAGCACAUGUCUCCAUCUAAAAAGGCUGAGGACAGGCAGGACCCACACCCAGCUGAAUCCAAUUACAUCUGGUGACGCCCGGCAUCUGAGACGCUUUAAGUUCCACCAGGUUCACAGCCUUCGUCAACCUUUCAUGUGUUGGACGUUCGGAUAAUGUUCAUUACACUUAAGAAUACUGGCCUGAAUUUUAUUAGCUUCAUUAUAAAUCACCGAGCCAAUAUUUACUCUUCCUUUUAAGUUGUCUAAGUGCGUCUGGCAUGAUGGGGUAGGUUUUCUCGUUUCAGUGCUUUGGGACAGAUUUUAUGUGACGUCUGUUGAUCAGGUUAAAAUUUUAUCUUUUCAGUGUGUAGUCGGCAGAUAGUUUCAAACUUACAAUGCAUUUGUGGUGUCCAGGGGCUGAAAACAUAAGAGAGGUUAAAUCGGACAAAAAUGCAUGCAUACAUCGUUGGAUGAAGCAGUUAAUAGCAUUGAAGCUACAGCAUUUUAAAUUGUAUUGUCAUAUAUUUGGAUGCUUGUCAUGUUUCUUAACUGCCCCUGUUUUUUUAAACUGUCAGUACAAUAUAUUUUGACCUUAAAAUUAUUCCAGAGUAUUCAGUAUUAAAAAAAAGUACGCUGUGGUAGUGGCAUUUAAACAAUAUAAUAUAUUGUAAACACAAUGAAAUGGGGGAUAUAAUGUAUGAAUUUUUUGUAUUGGCUUGCAGCGAUAUAAUAUAUUGUAAACCAAACAGCUCUUACGUGAUAAACAUUUUAUACUGUUUGUAUGUAUAAAAUAAAGGGGCUGCUUUCAUUUUCUGA